AUGUCUAGAAGACUCAGGAGAGAGGAUAAGGGAAAAGAAAUAGCUAUUGACCCCUCUCAAGCCCCAAGAACUGCUCGCAUCAGAAUCCAAGAUCCGGAUAAUGCUGAGCUCUUGCAACGCCACUCUCUAACACUCAUAGGUCGUGUUACUAACCGAACGGCGCAGCGAGUCUGGUCUCUCAUUCCCUUCUUCACCAAUCUCUGGAAGGCAAAAUCCAAACCGGUUGGCUCUGAACUAGGAAACGGUAUGUUCCAGUUUCAAUUUGACAAUGAGGAGGAUCUACUAACGGUCCUGGAAAAACGACCCUAUUAUUAUGGAAGAUGGAUGGUUAUUGUCCAGAGAUGGGAACCCACGGUCUCCAAAAAUUUCCCAUCUCUCUUGCCUUUUUGGAUUAAAGUUCAAGGAAUUUCUGUACAUCUAUGGACAGAGGAGACAAUCCAGAAACUUGGCGAAGAUCUGGGGGUUUUUGAAAAGAUGGAGAUCACUUCAUCAACGGUGAGAAUGAGGGUGCAGAUUAAUGGACUGCUCCCGCUGAUCAAAUCAUCGGUGAUUGAGUAUGCGAAUGGAGAUGAAGUCACAGCGAGCUUCGUCUACGAAAAGCUUGAUAGGCAUUGUCCUAAAUGUUUUCGCUUGGAUCAUGAUUUAAAGGAUUGCUUGGAGGCCAAGCAUGAAGCAAGAGCUCUUAAAGCCCAGGAAGCUUCAGUGGGAAAUGAGGAGUCCAAGAGAAGGGGAACGCACUACAAGCAACAUGACUCAGGGUCAAAUAUCUUCCAUUUCACAGCUCAAGAAUCGGAGCACAGAGGAAGGCAAGACUAUAACCGGCGAGAUCGACAGGUUGAUGCGCGAGAUGAACUAGAGGCCCGACGCAGGUCUCGUUCCAGCCAAGAUACAGUCCCUCGAAGAUACUUUAGUGAGGACCCCAAGCGGGGGAGAGAGGACUACCAUAGUCAAGAUAGUCGCUCCUCCUAUCACCGUGACGCAAACAUGCACCUGCGUGAGGUUUCUUCUAGGCCACGGGACCUGAGAAGGGACAUUUCAGAUAAAUACUUAUCCAGGGACCGCAGCCUGCAACCUGCUAGAUCCAGUGAUAGAUCAAUACCAGCAAGAGAGGAACCUCCUCCAAGGCAGUCAAGAAUCAAUCCAAAUAGGGGGAUUCCCCUGGAAGAAGUUCAAGCCUCGGUCCCAGUGGAAGUCUUUAAUGCAGCAGUGGGAGAAGUCAGGGAGGCCAUGAUACAAUACACCCAAUGCAACGAUCCAACUGAGAGUGCGGCCCGCAAGGAACAUAUGAGAAGAGCAGAGGAAGAAGGUGAAAUGGAGGAAACAGCGGCACUUAUGUUGCAGGCAACCUUGAUAGAUCCUACAGAUACCUUGCAAAGCCCGGAACAGCAACCGACAGCGGAAAGAGUACCAGCUACUCUCCAGUUAGGGCCUACGGUCCAAGCGAUACAAGAAUCAGCCCAAGACGCAACCAAGGACACAGGCAGGCGAAAGCCUGGAAGACCACCAGGAAGACGUAUGGUGCAAGGAAGCCCAAAGUUAAUCAGAGGAUCGACUUCCAAAAAGAGAAAACUCCAACAAGACAAGCCACCUCUCACCAGAAGAAAACUCAUUCCGGAAACGGAUCAAAGAAACCCGCAGAAGGCAAAGUCAAAACCCUCCUCAUCACGAGGAUCCUGA